CCCCCCUUCUCCCUCUCCCUCUCCCUCGCUUCUCCUCCCUUCUCUCUCUCCCUCCCUUUCUUUCUCCCCCCCCACCCCACCACCACCACCACCAUCUUGACGGACUCCCCACACUCUCUCCCUCCUCUCCCUCUCCCUCUGCCUCUGCUCCCACUUCGGCAGACCGCUUCUCGCAUGGUCUCAAGGUAGAGCGAGCGAGCUCCCACAUGGAUUGCCUGCGGCUGGCGGUAGCGGCGGCGGCGCUCCUUCUCGCGGCGCUCGCGGCGGCGGCCGACGACGCGCAGCUGCUGGACGAGUUCAGGAUGGCGCUGCCCAGCCAGGCGCCGCUCGAAGGCUGGACCGCGCGGGAGGGCGCCUGCAGGUUCCCCGGCGCGGUGUGCCGGGGCGGGCGGCUCACGUCGCUCUCGCUCGCCGCCGUCACGCUCAAUGCCGACUUCCGCGCCGUCGCCAACACCCUGCUGCAGCUCAGCGCCGUCGAGCGGCUCAGCCUGCGCGGCGCCAACGUCAGCGGCGCGCUCGCGGCCGCCAGGUGCGGCGGCAAGCUCGAGGAGCUCGACCUCUCCGGGAAUGCCGCGCUGCGCGGCUCCGUCGCCGACGUCGCCGCGCUCGCCGGCUCCUGCGGCGCGCUCCGGACGCUGAAUCUCUCCGGUGACGCGGUUGGUGCGGCCAAGCCCGCUGGCGGUGGCGGUGGCGGGCAGGGGUUUGCGGCCCUCGACGCCCUCGACUUGUCCAGCAACAAGAUCGCCGGAGAUGCCGACCUUCGCUGGAUGGUGGGUGCCGGCCUUGGGUCUGUCCGGUGGCUGGACCUCGCCUGGAACAAGAUCUCCGGCGGCCUCUCGGACUUCACCAACUGCUCCGGCCUGCAGUACCUUGACCUAUCCGGCAACCUCAUCGCCGGCGAUGUCGCCGCGGCGGCGCUCUCCGGCUGCCGCAGCCUCAGAGCGCUCAACCUCUCCAGCAACCAUCUCGCCGGCGCGUUCCCGCCCAACAUCGCCGGCCUCACCUCGCUCACCGCCCUCAACCUGUCCAACAACAACUUCUCUGGCGAGGUCCCCGCCGACGCUUUCACCGGCCUGCAGCAGCUCCAGUCGCUGUCCCUCUCCUUCAACCACUUCAGCGGCUCCAUCCCUGAUUCCGUCGCUGCGCUGCCGGACCUCGAGGUGCUCGACCUCAGCUCCAACAACUUCUCCGGCAGCAUCCCCGACUCCCUCUGCCAAGAUCCCAACUCGAGGCUCCGCGUGCUCUACCUUCAGAACAACUAUCUCUCCGGCAGCAUCCCGGAGGCCGUCUCCAACUGCACCGACCUCGUCUCCCUCGACCUCAGUCUCAACUACAUCAACGGCUCCAUCCCGGAAUCCCUCGGCGAGCUUAGCCGCCUCCAGGACCUUAUCAUGUGGCAGAACUUACUGGAGGGCGAGAUACCUGCGUCUCUGUCAAGCAUUCCCGGCCUGGAGCAUCUCAUCCUCGACUACAACGGGCUCACCGGCAGCAUCCCGCCGGAGCUGGCCAAGUGCAAGCAGCUCAACUGGAUAUCCUUGGCGAGCAACCGGCUGUCUGGGCCGAUCCCCUCGUGGCUUGGGAAGCUCAGCAACUUGGCAAUCCUAAAGCUGAGCAAUAAUUCCUUCACCGGAAAGAUACCCGCAGAGCUUGGUGACUGCAAGAGCUUGGUAUGGCUGGACCUCAACAGCAACCAACUUAAUGGAUCAAUUCCACCCGAGCUGGCAGAGCAGUCGGGGAAGAUGACCGUUGGCCUCAUUAUUGGGCGGCCCUAUGUGUAUCUUCGCAACGACGAGCUGAGCAGCCAGUGUCGUGGCAAGGGCAGCUUGCUGGAGUUCUCAAGCAUCCGGUCCGAGGACCUUAGUCGGAUGCCGAGCAAGAAGCUGUGCAACUUCACAAGGAUGUACAUGGGGAGCACAGAGUAUACCUUCAACAAGAAUGGCUCCAUGAUAUUUCUGGAUUUGUCAUUUAAUCAGCUUGACUCGGAGAUACCCAAGGAGCUUGGCAAUAUGUUCUACCUCAUGAUCAUGAAUCUUGGGCACAACCUUCUGUCUGGUGCUAUCCCAACAGAGCUAGCUGGUGCAAAGAAGCUUGCAGUACUUGACCUUUCGCACAACCGAUUGGAAGGGCAGAUACCCAGCUCGUUCUCGUCACUGUCUUUGUCUGAGAUCAAUCUGUCGAGUAAUCAGCUGAAUGGGACAAUUCCAGAGCUUGGUUCUCUUGCCACAUUCCCAAAGAGCCAGUAUGAGAACAACUCCGGUCUGUGUGGCUUUCCACUGCCACCAUGUGAGUCGCAUACUGGGCAAGGCUCUUCCAACGGUGGCCAAUCUAACCGGAGGAAGGCGUCCCUUGCGGGCAGCGUUGCUAUGGGACUCUUGUUCUCGCUCUUCUGUAUAUUUGGGUUGGUCAUCAUAGCCAUCGAGAGCAAGAAGCGGAGGCAGAAGAAUGACGAGGCAAGUACCUCCCGUGAUAUAUACAUUGAUAGCCGGUCACAUUCUGGCACGAUGAAUUCCAAUUGGAGACUCUCUGGUACAAAUGCUCUCAGCAUCAACCUUGCUGCAUUUGAGAAGCCACUGCAGAAACUCACCUUGGGUGAUCUUGUUGAGGCCACCAAUGGCUUCCACAAUGAUAGCUUGAUUGGGUCUGGUGGAUUUGGUGAUGUCUACAAGGCACAGCUCAAGGAUGGGAGGGUUGUUGCUAUCAAGAAGCUAAUACAUGUGAGUGGCCAGGGUGACCGGGAGUUCACAGCGGAAAUGGAGACCAUUGGCAAGAUCAAACACCGCAACCUUGUUCCGCUCCUCGGCUACUGCAAGAUCGGCGAGGAGCGGCUGCUGAUGUAUGACUUCAUGAAGUAUGGCAGCUUGGAGGAUGUGCUGCACGACCGCAAAAAGAUUGGGGUAAGGCUGAACUGGGCGGCAAGGCGAAAGAUUGCAAUCGGGGCAGCAAGGGGGUUGGCAUUCCUCCACCACAACUGCAUUCCGCACAUCAUCCACCGAGACAUGAAGUCAAGCAAUGUGCUUGUUGAUGAGAAUCUGGAGGCAAGGGUCUCUGAUUUCGGCAUGGCGAGGAUGAUGAGUGUGGUGGACACACACCUGAGCGUGUCCACCCUCGCCGGCACGCCGGGGUAUGUGCCACCGGAGUACUACCAGAGCUUCCGAUGCACCACCAAGGGUGAUGUGUAUAGCUACGGUGUUGUGUUGCUGGAGCUGCUCACUGGGAAGCCCCCGACGGAUUCAACAGAUUUUGGUGAGGACCAUAAUCUUGUAGGAUGGGUGAAGAUGCACACAAAGUUGAAGAUCACUGAUGUGUUUGACCCGGAGCUGCUGAAGGACGAUCCCACCCUGGAGCUUGAGCUGCUGGAGCAUUUGAAAAUCGCAUGUGCGUGCCUGGAUGACAGGCCGUCGAGGCGACCAACGAUGCUCAAGGUGAUGACGAUGUUCAAGGAGAUCCAGGCUGGGUCAACGGUGGACUCGAAAACCUCGUCGGUGGCUACCGGGCUGAGCGACGAUCCUGGUUUUGGGGUCAUGGACAUGACCCUCAAGGAGGCCAAGGAGGAGAAAGAUUAGGAAGAUGACCACCGGCGACACGCAGACGGCGGUGACCGGCAGCAACACGUCCGUCCGUCCGUCCAGUUUGGGUUUGGGGGCGAAAAAACCCGUAGAAAUCAGCCUCUCAGAUGAUUGAUGAUGAUGUGAUGAUACCAUUCUGAGGUUCCCACGCAAGCUUAGAACCUCCCUGUGAUGGUACACGAUAAGAAGAAAUUUUCCCUCCCUUGUAGCUCUCGUAAGCCCAAGCCGUCAUGUACCUAUAGGAGUAGCUCACCUUUUUCUUCUCUUUCUUUGCCAGCUUUCUUCAUCUUCUUCUUCUUCUUCUUCAUCUCCUUGUUUAUUUUGUCGUAGCGCUCCAGUAAGAGCUGUGUAUGUACAUAUAUAAAUGGUGGAUUUUCUUCGGUGCAA